UCUUGCAUCUCCCUUUUUCUGUUCUGUCUAUUGUUAGGCUUCAGUAACUGCUGCCAACAUGUCGAUGGAUUUGGAUGCGCCGGUGCCUUUCUCGGCUUACACGGAUCAGUCCGCUGCGACUAUUCUUUGCUGCAACUGCGGUGCUCCUAUCGACGGAACGACAUCAGCAGGCGCUCUUUGCCAGGACUGUGUGAAGUUGACAGUAGAUAUCUCCCAAGGUAUCCCGAGAGAAGCGGUUCUGCAAUGCUGCAAGGAUUGUGAGCGUUGGCUUCAGCCGCCCACCAGCUGGAUCAGUGCCGCGCUUGAGUCCAAGGAACUGCUCGCACACUGUCUGCGCAAGCUUCGUGGCUUGAACAAGGUCCGGAUUAUCGACGCCAGCUUCAUUUGGACCGAACCCCACUCGAAACGUAUUAAGGUCAAGAUCACCAUCCAGCAGGAAGCGUUCCAGGGCACGAUUGUGCAGCAGACCUUCGAGGUAGAAUAUGUGGUCGCCUCACUACAAUGUCCCGACUGCAAGAAGUCGUUCACCGUCAACACGUGGAACUCCAGCAUCCAGCUGCGCCAAAAGGUGCCUCACAAGCGAACCUUCCUCUACCUUGAGCAGAUCAUCCUCAAGCACAACGCUCACCGCGAUACGAUCAACAUCAAGGAAGCUAAAGACGGGUUGGAUUUCUACUUUGCGCAGCGGAACCAUGCCGAUAAGAUGGUCGAGUUCCUUGCCUCGGUUGCGCCAACCAAGGUGAAGAAGUCGCAGGAGCUGAUCUCCAUGGAUGUGCACACCUCGUCCAAGUCUUACAAGUUCACCUUCUCUAUCGAGCUCAUUCCCAUCUGCAAGGAUGACUUGGUCGCGCUACCCAUCAAGCUCGCUAGAUCUCUCGGCAACAUCUCGCCCUUGACGCUUUGUCACCGCGUUGGCACUACGGUCAACCUCCUCGAUCCCAACACCCUCCAAACCACCGAUAUCCCGACAGGUACCUACUGGCGGUCGCCCUUCCGGAACCUUGCCGACGUCACCCAGCUGGUGGAAUUUAUCAUCAUGGACAUUGAUUUGGUAGGACGCUCGAACGGACGGUUCCACCUCGCUGAGGCGACUGUUGCCCGCGCCUCGGAUUUGGGCUCCAACGACCAGACCUACUUCACCCGCACUCAUCUUGGUGGAGUUCUCCACGUCGGUGACGUUGUGCUCGGAUACCACCUCACUGGCGCCAACUUCAACGACCCCAACUUCGAGGAACUCGAGGCCAGCAGCCAGUACAGCUCUACCAUCCCCGACGUUGUGCUCGUCAAGAAGUUCUACGCCCGCAAGAAGAAGAACAAGGCCCGUAACUGGCGCCUCAAGCGCAUGGCUCGCGAAUACGAGGAGGAGGCCGCCGCGCAGCAGACCGCCGUCCUUAGCAAGAAGCAAGAGCAGGAGCGUAAUCGUUUGGAACAGGACUACGAGAUGUUCUUGCGGGAUGUCGAGGAGGACCAGGAGCUGCGUGGCACUCUGGAUCUGUACAAGGCACGGAAACAGAUGGCCGCCCAGAACGACAUGGAUAUGGAUGAGAGUGAAGAUGAGGAGGUGCCCAAGAUCGACAUGGACGAGCUGCUUGAUGACUUUGACGAGUUGAAUAUGAACGACGAUUAAGGUAGAUAGAUGAUACACAGUGAAUCUCAUGAUGAUUCUCCAAUACACGGGCAUCUGUAGUGAAGGCUUCGGCUCUUCAAUGUCAAACUCGAUA